GGUAUUUCAGAAGUUUUAAAAAGCAUUAGUGAGCCAUGCCGCCUCUUCCUUCCAGAGAGUAUUCUCUGUUUAAAUCAGUUGUGGCUUGCUAUGAAAAUAAGACAUAUAAAAGAGGACUUAAGUUAGCAGAGAGCAUUUUGCACAAGUUUCCUAAACAUGGAGACACUUUGGCUAUGAAAGGAUUGAUUUUAAAUUGUAUGGGAAAGAAAAAAGAAGCUUAUGGACUUGUUAGAGAUGGCAUUAAAAAUGAUAUUCAAUCUUAUGUGUGCUGGCACGUCUAUGGUUUACUUUAUCGCAGUGAUAGUAAGUACGCGGAAGCAAUUAAGUGUUACCACAGGGCGCUUAAGAUUUCUGAGGACAAUACACAAAUUUUGGCUGACUUGUCUUUUCUUCAGUUACAAGUGCGGGACUACGGGGGAUUUCUUAUUACUAGAGAAAAGAUUUUCGCUUUGUUGCCUCGGCAGAGAGCGUCAUGGAUUGGUCUCGUCGUUGCUUAUCACCUUUCAGCUAAUUAUCAUCUAGCUCUUCAGAUUUUUGAGUGCUUUUUAGAAACCUUUAAGAAUUUGAAGCAGUCAAGCCCCUAUGAAUAUAGCGAACUAGUUAUGUAUAAACUCUCCAUCAAGUACGAUUCCGGUGAUUAUUUGGGCACCUAUGAAAUGGCCAACUCCCACAUUGCCGACGUUACAGAUCGCGCGGCCUUGAGGCUUUUGGUGGUCACGUGCCUUAUAGCCCUCAACAGAAAGGCCGAGGCGAUCCCGAUUGUAGAGGACUUGCUUUUCUCGAAUCCUGACAACCAAGCCUACUGCCUCCUCUACGGGAAUUGCUUCUCUGCCUCCGUUGAUAAAGCUGAACUCUAUGCAUCCCUGGCGCAAGAAUACCCUCGGUCCAGCCAGCCCCUGCUCUUCGCCCUCGGCCACGCUACCGAAGGAAAGAAGUUUGAGAUGCUUGUGGGUGAAUAUUUAAAGAGCGGUUUUUCUAAGGGCACUCCAGGUUUGUUUUUUUCGCUCAAGAGCAUGCUUGCUGACGAGCAGAAGGCUAGCACUAUUCAGCGUUUAGCUCUUCUUCACUUGGACAACUGUUUGCUUUCUGAACUGGCCACUGGACAGGUCAACAAGAGUCCUGACUUGCAGCUUUGGAUUGAGUACUUCUUGUGUCAGCUAUACGACUAUAAAGGGGAUUUUGAGCAGGCCCUCCAAUACGCUGACCGCAUUCUGGCUCACACACCGACCUUCAUAGACGCCUACGUUGUAAAAGCACGCAUAUAUAAGCAUGCAGGCAAUUUCACUAAGGCUGCUAAUUUUAUAAAUGAAGCUCGGGAGCUUGAUCUCGCCGACCGCUUCCUUAACACCAAGUGCAUCAAGUACAUGCUCCUGGACGAUCGGCUUUUGCAGGCAGAGAGCAUAGUUGCUCUCUUUACUAAGGAAGAGGGCAACAGCCUUUCCAAUUUAGUAGAUAUGCAGUGCAUGUGGUUUGAGCAGUAUUACGGCGACUCUGUCUUUCGCCUCGGCUCUUAUAACCUCGCUUUAAACCGGUUUCGGAUAAUAGAAAAGCACUUUUGCGAUAUUGAAGAGGACCAACUGGACUUUCACUCGUAUUGUUUACGUAAGCUGACCUUGCGGGCUUAUGUCAGCAUGCUUAAGAUGGAAGAUGAUAUCCGAAGUCACGUCUUUUUUCGUCGAGCUGCCAAGAGCGCAAUUGAGGCGUGUUUGCGUUUAGACGAGAACAAGACUACCAAUGGAGAGGCUUAUGAAGAGGCCGAGCCCCGACAGCAAAUAAAUAGGGUAGAACCCGAUAAGUUGCUGAGAAAAACCCUUUUGAAAGAAGUUAAACAGAAAGCAGCCGCCGACAAGAAAAAGCAAAAUGGCAGUCUCUCAUAUGCACGUCCUGAGCAGCACGUGGAGCCCCUCGAAGAAGCCACGAGGUUUUUGAACCAUUUGCAACGAACUUCUCGUCGAGAUAUCGAAACUCAUUUGUUAGCAACUCGUGUGUACAUGAGGAAGGGUCGGCACCUUCUUUCCUUGAGAUCGCUCAAACGAGCUAAAGCCAUCGACAAGAACGAUUCUCGCUAUUUAUUAUUAUUGGUCGAAUACGCGCUUAAACUUAACAAAAGCGACGUGUUAGAUGAUGCUGUUUUUGUGGUCGCCAGUCAGGAGCUCACCAACUUAAUGGACGGCCAGACAGUCUUCCAGUUUGUCGAUGCUGUCUGCAGAGCUGCCGCUGGUGAUGCCCCUCUCAGCGCUCAGCAACUUUGGCUUGCGGCCGAGUUGAAGUUCCUUGUGGAGCCUACAGACAGGGAUCAGUACCGGAGGGCCUUAACGUCCAUCUGCCCGCCUCUAUCGGGCUCUUGGAAAGACUAUAACGUCAUCGUGCAAAGGCUUAAGAAGAAUUUAGGUCAGAGCAACGAUGUGCUUGCUUAUAUUCAACUUUUAAAAGAAGCCUUUCCCUUGUGUGGCGUCUUUAAUUGUUGAAAGCCUUUAUUAAAGCCAAUAAAGCGCCUUCUUGCUCUUCUUGUUGAAGCUUAAUAACUUGCGCAAGAGGAAGCUUAAAACGGUUUUCAUUCCGCAUAAUCUUUUGCAGCUUAGCAAAUAUAUUGUAUUCAGGACUUGUUGGGUGCAACAAAUGUUACAGUAUGACAGUUUCUUUUAUAUAUAUUUUAGAUUGUGUUGGAUGACUUUGAGUAAAUGCACUAGUAUAGCUCUGGUUAGAAGGAACAUGACACCACUCGAGCUCUAGCUCGUUGUGUUAGUUUUAAUUUUACUAACCUGUCUGCGUCCUGGCUUUUGGAAUUCUACAACU